CUAUAAAUAGUGUUUCGCGGAUUCACUAUUAAUUACGCGGCAUUGCGAUUUCUCAGCAAUCGAUUCUAUUUUUAACCUUUUCUUUUUCAUCCUUAAUUUUUCAAUCACAUCAAAAUAACAAUAAUCAAGAUUUAUUAUUAAUUAUACACAAGAAAAAAGGGAAUGAAAGUGUUUGGUCGUGGUUAUUGUUAACCGGCGGUGGUGGUGGUGGUGAGGAAAAUGGAUUCGGCGAGGAGUUGGUUAUCGAAGUUUCAACCGCGAGAUAAAUUAAGAGCUUCAACGAGGAAGAAAGAUGAUGUUAAUAUCGGUAAUAUCGGAAUUGAAGAUUCCAAUGCACCUCUUGAUGAUGAUGAUGCUCUUUCUAGUGUCACCAAGCAGAAGGUUGCCGCUGCUAAACAAUAUAUUGAGAAUCAUUACAAGGAACAAAUGAAGAAUCUUCAAGAGAGAAAAGAGCGUCGAACAAUCUUGGAAAAGAAGUUGGCUGAUGCCGAUGUCUCUGAGGAAGAUCAAAAUAAUCUACUUAAAUUUUUAGAAAAGAAGGAAACAGAAUAUAUGCGUCUUCAGAGGCAUAAAAUGGGUGUUGAGGAUUUUGAGAUGUUAACUAUGAUUGGAAAAGGUGCAUUUGGGGAGGUUAGAGUGUGUAGGGAAAAGACUACAGAGCAUGUAUAUGCAAUGAAAAAGCUAAAGAAAUCAGAGAUGCUUCGAAGAGGCCAGGUAGAACAUGUCAGAGCUGAGAGGAAUCUACUUGCAGAGGUUGACAGCAAUUGCAUAGUUAAACUUUAUUGUUCUUUCCAGGAUGAUGAGUAUCUAUAUCUUAUUAUGGAGUAUCUUCCGGGAGGGGAUAUGAUGACUCUUCUUAUGAGAAAGGAUACAUUAACCGAAGACGAAGCCCGAUUUUAUGUAGGAGAAACAGUUCUGGCUAUCGAAUCUAUACAUAAACACAAUUAUAUACAUAGGGAUAUUAAACCCGACAACUUAUUACUUGAUAAAUAUGGGCACUUGAAACUAUCAGAUUUUGGACUAUGUAAACCGUUAGACUGUAGUACACUUGAAGAAUCAGAUUUGUCUAUUGGUCAGAAUGCAAAUGGAACUGCACAAAAUGAUGAUCGUACAGGUCCAAAACGUACUCAACAAGAACAGUUAGAAAACUGGCAGAAAAAUAGGAGGACACUUGCUUAUUCUACCGUCGGUACACCAGAUUAUAUUGCUCCAGAAGUUCUAUUGAAGAAAGGUUAUGGGAUGGAAUGUGAUUGGUGGUCACUUGGAGCUAUUAUGUAUGAAAUGUUGGUCGGAUAUCCACCUUUUUAUUCCGAUGAUCCAAUGUCAACGUGUAGAAAGAUAGUAAAUUGGAAAUCUCAUCUGAAAUUUCCUGAAGAGGCAAGACUAUCUCCAGAGGCCACAGAUCUUAUAAGUAACCUUUUGUGUAAUGUCAACCAGAGACUGGGGUCAAAUGGUGCAGCUGAAAUAAAGUCUCAUCCAUUCUUUGAAGGUGUUCAAUGGGAAAAGUUGUAUCAAAUGGAAGCAGCAUUUAUUCCAGAAGUCAAUGACGAGUUAGAUACUCAAAAUUUUGAGAAAUUUGAAGAGUCUGACAGCCAGACUCAUUCAUCAUCAAGAUCUGGUCCAUGGAGAAAGAUGCUUUCAUCUAAGGACUUCAAUUUUGUGGGAUACACAUACAAGAACUUUGAUAUUGUUAACGACUAUCAAGUUCCUGGGAUGACUGAGCUAAAGAAAACCUCCAAACCAAGGAGGCCAUCUGUCAAGUCGUUGUUUGAUGGCGAUUCGGAGAAUUCUGAGGCUUCUGAUGUUUCAGAAGUGUCUGCAAACAAUCAACCUACUCAAUGAAGUUUAUAAAGUCAGCCCUCGACAACCAAUUUAGAAGUAUCUCAGCUUGAAGAAAUCUUCCUCCUAACAUGGCAGUUUCUGAUGAUAUAAUUCCCCAGUAAGUAUAAGAGUCAUAACUCAAGCCAGUGACAUUUCAAAAAUUUCCAUUUUUAAUAUAAUCGCUGAUGUUAUUCGACAUUUGAAUUGUUCUUGGCCACAUUAGUGAUUACAUGAAUUAUGGCUUGAAGAAAGGGUGGAAGAAAGUGUUGUGCCUAGAAUCAACUGAUUAACCUCAACCUGGCUUAGACGAAUCUUGCAAGUUUUGUUAGUCACUCCACAGCAAUAGAAUUGUAAAUCUCUUUUUCUCUUAAUGUAGUAUUUUGUAUAUGUGACACUGUGUAUAUUCAUUUAUAUAUAAUUAAAAAAUUAGAAAAAUACGUGUAUAUUCACUUGUGUUCUUUUA